AUUUUAUUUGGUACGCAUGCGCAAUUGGCCGACCUUUUCAUUUUUGGGUCAGCCCCCAGCCGAAGCUACCUAGAGUGGCCUGUAAAAAGGGCUAAAUUUUAGCAAAAUGUUUGUGAAGGUGGUCAAGAGUAAGGCGUACUUCAAGCGCUACCAGGUCAAGUUCAAGCGCCGUCGCCAGGGCAAGACCGACUACCAGGCCCGGCGCUUCCUGGUCGUCCAGGACAAGAACAAGUACAACACGCCCAAGUACCGCAUGAUAGUGCGCUUCACUAACAAGGAUAUCGUCACGCAGAUAGCGUACGCCAGGAUUGAGGGAGAUGUCAUCGUAUGUGCCGCAUACGCCCACGAACUCCCUCGCUAUGGCGUCAAGGUCGGGCUGACAAACUACUCUGCAGCGUACUGCACAGGCCUCCUGCUGGCCCGCAGGAUUCUGAAGAAAUUCAACCUGGACUCGCUCUACGAGGGCCAGACGGAGGUCGAUGGAGAGGAGUUCCACGUGGAGAGUUUAGAGGGCCAGGCAGGAGCCUUCCGCUGCUACUUGGAUGUUGGGCUUGCCAGGACCACCACUGGGGCGCGUGUAUUUGGCGCCCUCAAGGGUGCGACUGACGGGGGCCUGGACAUCCCACACAGCAACAAGCGCUUCCCGGGCUACGAUGCGGAGAGCAAGGAGUUCAACGCCGAUGUUCACCGCAAGCACAUCAUGGGCGGGCACGUGGCCGACUACAUGAGAUCCCUGGCUGAGGACGACGAAGAGGCCUUCAGACGUCAGUUCUCUCAGUAUAUCAAGCUGGGCAUUGAAGCCGACGGGGUGGAGGAGGUGUACAAGAAGGCUCACGAAGCCAUCCGUGCCGACCCCGAAGCCAAACCCAAGGAGAAGAAGGAAGUCAAGACAAAGAGGUGGAACCGAGCCAAGAUGUCUCUCGCCCAGCGCAAGGACCGCGUCCGUCUGAAGAAGGCGUCCUUCCUGCGAGCCCAGGAACAAGAAUAGACAGCCACACCUCUCACAGCUGCAGCCCGAUCCCAAGACAACCCCCCUUGCCUGAAAUAUGGCACACCUCUGGCCUGAAAAAUGGCACACCUGGCCUGAAAAAUGGCACACCUGGCCUGAAAAAUGGCGCACCUUUGGCCUGAAAAAUGGCGCAUCUUCCCCAAGGAAUCCAGAGAAAUUCUUAUACUUACCAAAUGGCCUGUGAAACUUUAUGAGUCUACGAAUGUUGUCCAGAGAGAAGAGAAAUGACAUUAAAUGCCUACAAUCGCAGGGAAAAAAAA